AAUCAGGCCGAGUGCACUUAUGAGACCUCGGACCAGAACGACGCAUCGCUCUAUGCUUCUGUUGUCUCGUUCUGUGUUGCAAUGGCUAUGACCAAGCAUACUCCUCGAAUCUUCGGUCGCGACGCCCUCGAGGACUUUUUGACGGCUCCUCUCUCUACGCCACCGCCUGGCGUUGACGCGAAACCUGGCCACGCCAAAAAUCGCAACAAAGAAGCCUUCGCUUUCGUUACCAUCUGCUUAGUCCUUGCCACCCUGACUCUGAUCGCACGGGUAUCUUCUCGCGUCUUGGUGACAAAAAAAUGGCAUAUUGAGGACUACUUUGGACUGUUUGCGCUCGUACCAUUCGUAGUAUUCACAUGGGCUGCAUUCGACUACGGCAACCAUGUAGGCUUCUAUGUGCACCAGUGGGACUUGCAGGGUCGUGUAUACGAUAGGUUCAAUACUCUCGUCUUUAUAGUUACCCUUUCAUACGGGUGUACCGCACUAUUCCUCAAAACAGCUGUCUUGCUCGAAUGGCAGCGCAUCUUUGCGCUAAACCGUACGGGCAGCAUCUAUUUCCGCCUCAGUGUCACCCUUAUCACGCUGAAUGUAGCCCUAUACAUCACUGCAUUCUUUCUCACCAUAUUCGCGUGCCGUCCAGUCGAGAAAGUCAUACAUGCGUGGGUACAAGGCCAAUGUCUGAACCUCAAAUCACGUGACAUAUCCAUUGGUGCACACAAUCUUGCCCUAGAAGUCUUCAUCUUCUGCCUUCCCCAGAGGAUCAUCUGGAGGCUCCAACUUCACAAAAGUCGUAAAAUUGGCCUUUCAAUCGUAUUUUCCGUGGGAAUCUUGACAAUUGCUCUAUCAAUAGCACGUCUCUACUUCCUCAUAAACCGAGAUAGAACCGUCGAUCCGCUCGGAAAAUCGAUAGAUGCUAUGUACCACUUCUCGCAGAUCCAACUCCUGGGCGUCGCGGAAUUAACAUGCACAUUUCUCGUCUUCUGCGCACCCGUGUUACCGAAACUCUUCUCUGAAUCCAGCAUUCUAUCACGCAUGAUGGUGCGUGUGCAGUCGUGGACCAGGGGGGCGCGUUCGUCCUCUUCGCAAUCUAGGACUGAAGCCGCUCCAUGGCCUCGUACCAUUGGGAGCUGGAGCACUGCUGGGCGAGUACAAAGACGUAUAAAUGACGAGGAAUUUGCAAUGGAUAGUGUUGUGGAGGUUGCUAGUGCGGAGGGGACUCGUGAUGUGCGGCCUGAAAAAAGCGCAGUAUCGCAUCACUCACGAACCAAAAGAAAGCAAACCAUUGAAAUCAAGACACAAGAUGAAGGCAUAGAGACGACGGACUGGAGAUGA